UCCCUCGUUCCUCCAACCCCGCUCGCUCUCCUCCUUCUCUGUGUCAGCCCGUCAGUCAUGGAGCGGCUGCUAACAGCCGCGGCGCCAGAAGCAGCGGCCACCCCACCAGCAGCAGCAGCCCGGAACGACCAAGCCAGCCGCCUUAGUAGGAGCGCGAGUAACGAGAGAAGGCUGCGCGUGCCGGGCUUCGCGGUACCAGCGGCGGCGGCGGCGGCAUCUCGCGCCCCUGGGCGCAGCGAUUGACGGUGCGAGCGAGCCCAGGAAUUCUGUCUCGUGCCUGCAGCAGGAGUCACACACCGCCUCUCUCGCUCCUCUCCCCGCCUGCGAUGCUCAAUGACCCAAACCUGCUUCCUUUUCUUUUGGAGAUCAUGAAACGUGUACGCUCAGAACAGAUUCAGAUGGCAGUUUCCUGCUACCUCAAGCGCCGGCAGUAUGUAGACUCAGAAGGCCCUCCGAAACAAGGGCUGCGACUGUGCCAGACUGCAGAAGAAAUGGCAGCUAAUCUAACAGGCUCCAGGGGCCGGCUCGACUUCCCUUCCCUCUGCGGGCCAGUCAGCCGAGGAGAAGGCAAGGCAUGCUGGGUCGGAGGGAGGCGGAGCUCCCGAUCCUCCUGCUCUGGUGGCUUGCUGGGAGCUGGGACUCGGAGCACACUACACAAUGGGACUGGGCCAGUGGGCCACCGUCCAGAGUGGGCGGGGCUGAGGCAGCCUGAGCCGACUGCUGGUGAUGAAGAUGAUGAUAACAUGGGUACGGAAAUGAAGAUACUCAGAGGGCACUGUGGACCGGUAUAUAGCACAAGGUUCUUGUCAGAUAGUUCAGGACUUCUGUCAUGUUCUGAAGACACAUCCAUCAGAUACUGGGACCUUGGAUGUUUUACAAACACUGUAUUGUACCAAGGGCAUGCCUAUCCUAUCUGGGAUCUGGACAUCAGUCCCUGCAGCUUAUAUUUUGCCAGCGGUUCCCAUGACCGCACAGCAAGACUCUGGUCAUUUGAUCGGACGUACCCACUGCGAAUAUAUGCAGGCCAUUUGGCAGAUGUGGACUGCAUUAAGUUUCAUCCCAAUUCUAACUACUUGGCAACAGGAUCCGCAGACAAAACAGUUCGGCUGUGGAGUACCCAGCAAGGAAACACUGUGCGCCUGUUCACAGGUCAUCGUGGCCCUGUGCUGUCACUUGCAUUUUCUCCAAAUGGUAAGUAUUUGGCUUCAGCAGGUGAAGACCAGCGGUUAAAGCUGUGGGACUUGGCAUCUGGCAUUCUUUACAAAGAACUGAGGGGGCAUACAGAUAAUAUCACCAGCCUUACUUUUAGUCCGGACAGUAGCUUGAUUGCUUCUGCAUCAAUGGACAACUCUGUUCGGGUUUGGGACAUUCGAAACACUCAUUGCAAUGCUCCCAUUGAUGGCUCCUCCAGUGAGCUAGUUGGUGUAUAUACUGGACAGAUGAAUAAUGUACUGAGUGUACAAUUCAUGGCCUGUAACCUCCUUUUAGUGACUGGAAUUGCACAAGAAAAUCAAGAACAUUAACUUUUUUAAAAGGGGGUUAUAAAAAGCCAGAGUCUAUUAUAAAUUGAGAUUAUAUAUAAUUGACUGUGAAAAAAAUUCUUUCUCCCAUUGGUGGGUAUGUCCAGAAUGAUGGAAAUGCUGUACUUGAAGAUAUUUUGCAUUGUUACAAAAAGUCAGAGAAGGGAGGCCAAUAAAUCUUUAUUGUCAUUGUAUGAUGGUAGUGCAAGCAAUGUGGGGAAGCCAACAACCCCGAAUAUUAUGCUAUAAUAAGGGACAGCCCAAAACAUGGUCUGUAACAACCAAAAUCCUUGGCAUGUGCACCUUGCAUAUGCACUUAAAUAUAUUCCAUUAUGGGCACAUCCUUCUUUCUGCUAGCACAGGCUGGUGAGAGAGUGUCUGCAGCAAUUGUUCAGCACAGUUCCCCACUGACUUUUUUGUGGGACCAGAACCAUGUCAUCCUAUUGAUUAGAAAAGCUGUUUCAUUGUAAAGGAGUUCUCAAAAAUAAGUGACAUUACAAUAAUGUUUAAAAUACUUUUGGGACAGGCUUCCAGCUUGCUUUUAGUUUUUUUAAUUAUAAAAAGGCAAUUUGAAUGUGAGCAUAGCCUGUCUCUAUGAAGAGAUGCGAUUUGGAUUUGAUUUGUUAACACUGGCUAUAAUAUUUGUAGCUGUUGAUAGAUGGGAAGUUUGGGAUUUUUCCAAAUCCGAUUGCUCUGUGAUGGCGAUACAAAAGAGUAGAUUAUUAAUUUGGAGGAAAUAAGCAACCCACCUGUUGAACUAGAAAAAAAUAUGCUUGCAUUUAUUAAGGAAUGUUUGGACACUGAAUAGAAAAGGGCACAAUUCAUCUCGCCAAAAAUACUGUCUGUAAAUGACAAAUGUGCCCAGAACGUGGAGAAAGUAUUUCUAAAUUAUUGUGAAAGAGUAUGAACUGGCCAAUUUCUGAUGUUUUCCACUGAAUAAUGAAAUAUAAGUUUCAUGAAGUUUUCAUUGAGGAAACGUGAGCAUGCAAAAUGAAAGGUUUGGGGGUGGGGGUGGGGAAAGCAAACUUUAAUUUUGUCAUUCAAAGAGAAGAUUGAAUAUUUCUGCUUUCAGGAAAGAGAUUUUGUAUUUUUGUUUUUCUAUUAAAGCAUUUAGUUUAAAGGAAG